AUGGCUUCGUAUGUACCUCCAGCAUUGAAUAAUUCUUUAAAAACUGUCGAAUGGAUGUGGCAAUCAAAUCCAAAUCCAUUUUCAAAGUCUGAACGGGCUACAUGGAGUCAUUAUUCAGAUUUAGAAAACUUAAUUAUCGAAGAAGCAUUUCAAGAUAAACAACCACAAGCUCAACUGGAUGAUUAUUUUAUUGAUUUCAAAAGUAAUCUUCAAAUAUCGACCACUGAUGAUCACAAGCAAAGACCGAUAAAACGAGUGGUACGUAAAAGAGAAGAUAAACACCUACGAGAAGCACGUUUUAUGGAUCUUCCUGUUAGUUACGGACGUUCAUUUGGUGGUGAAUAUGGUUGGAUAUCACCAUUUGUAAUAGAAGUCAGACGAGACUUGAAGUUCGAGCCAGAUGAUUUACCUUCGAAAAAACCAAACAUGAUUCCAAUGCUUGUCGAAAAGGCUGCACGUGGUAUUAUUGAAGAAGGUCAAAGUAUUGGAAAAAAAUGCGAAGCUGAAAAACUAGCUAAAAUGCUUCGAGAAAAGAAGAACACAGGGAUCGAAGAAGUUUGGAAAUGCUGUGCUUAUCUUUAUACCUUGGAAAGUUUCUUGUACAAAACGUUAAAUGCAGCGAUGAGAUUGGUAGGAGACAAAGAACAGGAAAAAGUAUGGCGAAGUAAAAUUCGUACAUUGGGUCCUUUCUGUUUAUUACUAUGGGAUGAUCCAUUUAAUACAAAAUUGACAACCAAAAAGACACUUUAUCGAGGAGCCACUCUAACUAAAGAACAGAUCGAUGCUUAUACAAAAAUGGCCGGAGAUAAGGAGGCUUAUGGAUCAUUUCAAGCAUAUACAUCAUGUAGUCGAAAUCGAGACAAAGCAGAGGAAUUUGGAAAUGCUUUAUUUAUUAUGGAAAUAUUAUUUGCUUUUAUUGCCGAUCUAAGUCCAUUAUCUGAAUAUUCUGCAGAAGAAGAAGAACUUGUCACACCAGGUGUUUGCUUCUGUGUUAAAAGUGUUGAAUUUGAUCGUAAACACGACCAUAAUCCACUAAACCAACAAACAACUAAUCCCACACCAGAUGCAUAUGAUCCUGCUCGUCUUCUUGCUGAUUUUUUUCGUGAUCGUGCUGCUGCUGCUCUUCUUCGUGAUCGUUUUGAUGAUCUUCUUGGUGAUGAUUUUGAUCGUGAUUUUGAUCGUGAUGCUUUUGAUCGUCGUGAUGAUCUUGAUCGUCUUGGUCGUUAUGCUUAUCUUCUUGGUUGUGAUCGUGAUGGCAACGAGAAGAAAAAGUGA